GCCGCCGUCACGGGACCCCGCGCCGCUGGACCCUGCCAGGCAGAUGCAUCGGAUGAAGGAGGUGCUUCUCUGUUGGCCGCCCGCUUCGCCGAGUCUCUUUUUCCCCCUGUCCUAGGCAUCGCUCCGUUCUUCUGAGAGUAACUGCAAGAACUCUGAUCAAUGCCCUCGGAACAUGUCUGACUGGACAAGUCUGUGGUAUGUCUGGUUAAUCUUGCUGACCGUGUUCCUGCUCCUGCUCUGUGGGAUCACAGCAAGCUGCAUCAAAUUCUGCUGCCGGAAGAAGAGGCCUCCAGUGGAGACCUUCUCUAGGCACCCUUAUGAUUUGACAGCUAUCACAAUUGACAGUGACAGCACUGCCCAUAGCACAGUGACCUCAUAUAGCUCGUUGCAGUACCCUCUAAACGCCCCUAUUCAUUCGAUAUUUGUGGAUAUGGAUAAGAACACUGUGUCCCCUCCAGCUUACAGUCUCUAUGCAAUGGAGUUGCCACCUUCUUAUGACGAAGCUGUCCAAAUGGGUAAACAAUACAUUGAAGUAGCACGGAUAAGCCAGAAACUCAAUGACAUCCCUGGACAGGUGACACCAGGCGGGCUGAGUCCCAUCCAGUAUUCACCUGAUACAAUCGACAGAGAUCCAGCAACACAGGCAAAUUCAGAAAAUUCAGAAGAUGCAACACAAGAACAGCCGCAGCUCUGACUCAAUUCAGAUGGGGAAUAAAGGAAGAGAAGGACUGCAAGAGUUAAAGAAGACAUGAAGAGUUUGGUUUUAUAGGCAGGUUAUGAUGGAAAGAUGUUUCCUCUCAUGCCCUUGUAAUGAUCUGUCAGUUAGAAGAAAUGUUUUCUGUGACUGCUGUAAUCUCCUGGUAAAGCUUCUUCAAGGAUAUGAAAUGAAGUAGAAGGGCAGCAGUUUAAAAAUGCCUGUAAAAGUGGGACAUGAGUGCUUGUUCAUCUGAUUAAAAAAGAAAAAAUAUAUUCCUUGUGUCCAGCAUAUGGCAAUAAAAAAGGUCAGGGGAAUUUUGGCGUCUUGGGAACACACACGAAGAGUUGGAACAGUACAAACAGCAAGUUGUUGUUCCGGAACAGAAGCUUCCCAAGCUGGAGUUGAAAGGGAAUUCUAGCAAGUCACACUGAAUAGCCUUUGUAGAGUCUCUUCUUUUGAGAACAUUAACUGUCCAGCAAAUUGCUGGAGUGCAAAUUGCUACAUAAUGGCACACGUUCCUUAAACUGCAGGAAGACUGCCAACAAGGACAGGAAAGUGUGUGGAGGGAAAUACAUUAUGUUAUGUUUCACAACUAGAGACAAGAAAUGAGACAGAUAAGAAAAGAUACUUCUUUUUUUGUUGGUCAUGAGAGCUGAAGGGAUUGUUUUUGAGGUUUUUUUAAUCUUUAAACUUCUAUUUUAAAGCUGAGCUGACUUGUGGGUGGGAUCCUUUUACUACUUACUUUUGCCAGUUAAAGUACAAAUUAGUCUCAAAGAAACUCUUGCACACAUGGUUAAGUAUUACUAAUGUGUUUCAAAUAUUCAUCAAAUAUUUCAAAGAUGCCUUUGUACUUUGUUAUCUGCUGAGGUGUCAGGGUCUCAGUCAGUACAGAAAAGAAAAAAUCAAAGAUUCCUGGCAGCUUUCGCCAGUUUAGUACGUAGAUGAGCUUAGUAAUGUGCAGGAUGAAACAAAGCAUGCUCUAGCUAUGCCAUUUAGAAUAAGUUAUAAAUACAAAAUACCAUAGUACAGGCUGGGCAAUAGUCCAAAGAAGUUACUCUCUGGGGAUGAUUCUUCAUGAAGUACUGACAACAAGGAUAACUGCUAUGCAUAAUUUUAAAACUGGGAGCUUGGAGUUCAUUACAGCGGUCUCAGCCGAAACAAAAAUACGGGCUAUGAGAGGCCUUUUUUUAAAUGACAGCUCUUUCCCUUUCCUGCCCUUCUCAUAUUCCAAAUAGUAUGAAUUUUGUCCACUCCUGAGUACUGAUUUUCUUUGAAUCCACUUUAGCAAGGUGCUAAUUUUGCUACCUUUAAGAACAUGAGAAAUCUACAGGAUUGUUCAUUGCUAUGGGAUUAUCUACGGGAUAACAGCAGGGAUGAAAGCAUGAGCACUAGGUGCUAUUAACAAAUGUAACAUCCGGUGUGGAGUGCUAGGUCAGAGUUAAUGUUGACUGACCUACAAACAAGAAUAUGACUGAUCGUCUUCAUUUUUGCUGAAGUUGCUUUGGUAGCUGUGAAAAGGGGCUACCUUCUGCAAAUAUUUAGAUGUCUGUCAUUAAUAAGCAGUAGAAGUGGUGGGCACAAAAUCUUGCCCAGCUUUUAGAAGACGAAUCUCUGAUAACCGUUACUGCAAGAACUACCCUGGAAAUGAGCACUAAUGAUUUAAAAAUGAAGACCUCUCUGCCAGCCAACAGGACUGAGACUAGAAUCUCUGCUACACAUUCAUGGUGUGUGAGCUGUUCAUGAGUCCAGCUCCCUAGAGGAGUGUUGGUUCUAUAUUUAACUUGCAUAUAGCUUACUAUGAGGGUUGCAGGCAAAGAUUGGUUUAAUAAAUCUGCUUCCCUUCUGUCUC